UUGUGGCCAUUUACGUGACAAAUAUGAUUUGUUUUGUUGCUUCUUGCAUUAACAACUCAAGCAUGAUGAGAUGUGAAAUUGAAAUUUACCUGAAUGAAUGGCUAGCUAGUCCUUUUUUACCCACAGGGGAAUUCUAUGAUUUUGGAGAGCAUUCGAAAUCUUAUAAAAUGGUUGUUUAUGAGAUGAGUUUCUGAAUGAAGGUUUGGUUCUUGUUUCCCCAGAGAUGGCAAAAGGAGGAAACAUUGUGCAGUAUAGGGAGAGGUUGGACAAAACUCUUGCCUCACCUGAUCUGACAAAUGACCAGAUACUCAAAACCCUUGUCAAAAGUCAACUUCAACGUUCUUCAAAUGUACAAACAGAAGGGUAUAAGGAGGAAGUAGUAGAAACUAGGACUACAAAGCUAUGUAACUUUCUUGAUAUGUUGAGAAGUGCUUCUGGAGACAAUGGGGAAGGUUCUACUACAUCACAUACUGAUUGGAAAUUAAAACAAGAUAAUGAAGAGUUCCGUGUUAUGUAUUGUGAAGGACCAGAGGGAACUCCCUAUCAUACAUUGCUAGUUGAAGGCUAUGUAGAUGGGCCUCUUGAUGUUUGUUUAUGCCUUUCAUGGGAUACCCCUCUCUACAAGAAAUGGUGGCCUCAGUUUUCUAUUCCCAGUUUUAAAGUUAUAGUAGCUGACUGUUUGCAGAAGGUCCAGAUUGGUGAACAAAUAUCACUAGUUAGGAUGAAGAUUCCAUGGCCGCUGUCAACAAGGGAGGCUAUAGUGCACUAUUAUCUGUUUGAGUACUUUCAAGAUGAUUUAGUAGUUGUUCUUUUGAAUACGGUCGCUGAGUCAAACACCAUUGAUGGUUUCAACAAGGAUGCAAUUCCUGAAGCGAAGGAUGCCGUGAGAAUUGAUGUGGUAGGAGGCUAUGUUAUGCAAAAGGUGACAUCGGAAAGAAGUUACUUUCGGAUAAUAGCAAAUUUGGAUUUAAAGCUGGAUUUUGUACCUCCAUCCCUCAUAAAUUUCAUUUCAAGGCAGCUCAUCGGCAGUGGUUUCAGACUUUAUCAGAAGGCUGUGGCUUCUAUAAUGGGCCAUGAUAAAGAUAAAGAAUUCAGCAAGGCCUUAGAGGACUCUUUGUAUGUUAGAAUACGCGAAGCGCUAUAUAAUAUUAGCGGAUCAAAGGCUAUGAAUGGGAAAGAGCUUAAGCAAGAUGCUAGCGUUGUUCCUGCUGAAGAACCUAUUCAACAAAGUGAGCAAUAUGAGGCAAAAUAUGUAUCCUGUGAGGAUAGCAGCAACCAACGUGCAAAUAAUUACAAUGGUUAGAUUUUUGAGGCUGG